AUUCUCCUACAAUAGGAAAGAUGACAGCUUAGCCUCCCUGAUGCAAAGUCAACCCCAUUCAGCCAGCUAACACCAUCCAGCCCAACAUGUCUGAGAAAGAACUGGGUCAGAAGUGGGACCGCUGCCUCGCAGACGCUGCUAUUAAAGUCGGAGCUGGCCUUGGUUUGGGGAUUGUGUUCUCCGUUGUGUUCUUUAAGCGGAGGACAUUUCCAAUUGCAUUCGGCACAGGAACAGGGCUGGGCAUGGCUUACUCGAACUGCCAGAACGACUUGAGAUCACCGUAUCUUGUACAUAGUAAUGCUACAAAGGAGCAGUAGCGCUGUACCAUGAAGGAUUCUGACUCUCUGUCUUUUGUUACUCAUCUGAGAGCUGUCAGACUCAUAUCCCUCCAUCAUUUGUGUGCCUGAAUCAGACGUCCUGUCUUUAUUUAAUCUCAUUGCGGAAAAGAAACAAUGCAUGUUGAAUAAUGUAGAUUUGAGAAUGGAACAUACACAGUUAUUAAAUACUAUUUUAUGACUUCAACAAUCAA